ACCUAUUGCGCAUGCGCACAUUCGUUCAAUAAUCAACAUGUCGGCCGGACUCUAAUGGAAAGCUGUGUACAGUAGCUCUAAAAGUUCUGUACGAAGCAGAGAAACUCAACCAUUGACAGAGCUAUAAGUGUGCUUUGCUGGUAGUCUGAUGCUUGCCAUGGCUCACCAUAAUCAUUAUUCUGAGAAAAUUAACCUUAAAAGGCAACAUUCACUUGUGUUUUGUGAUACAAUUGAGCAGCAGAUGCACGAGGAUAUAACUCGAAAAAGGCAAGCUACAGAUUCAGGUGUUUUCAAACCCAAUCAAGCAAGAAAUUACCAUUCUUAUCAUGAUUUCAAUAAACCUGAACAGAUGCAUAGCCACGCUUUUGAUACAUGUACAGGACCUAAUAAACAGAGAAUUGGAAGUUUGCCAGACAAUUUCUCAAACUCACCAAGCUCUAAUAGAAACUCACUGUAUAUUAGAAAUACCACAAAUUCCAACAACAUUGACAAUUUAACAAGACAAAUGGGUUCUUCAUCAGAAAGCAAUAAUUUGGUUGCUCAAAAUAGGUCUCCAUUUCCCCAUCCUGUCAAAAAAGCUCCUAAUUUUUCUGUCAUUGAAAAAAUAGUCCCAGGACACAGGCAAUUCUUAGAUAGACCUUUUGCUCAAGCCAGAAGACAACUUGCAGAUAAAAAGCGGCAAAGUUACCCAGCACAAAAUGAGCAUGGACACACAAUUAGGAACGAUAGGCGUGCAUCGUUGGGGUCUCCCCCAAGAUUCAAUGACAAGGGGCCAUUAAAGAGGCGGCAUUUCUCGGAAGUUACACCCUCCAGCUAUGAUGGCUACAGUAACAAAAGGUUGCGGCAUGGUAGUGGACCUCCAGUGGGGAAUGCUCCGUGGUCUGAUGAGCAACAAUAUUCUCCCCAUUGCAGUUAUGAGACUCCUUUUAACAUUGAUACCUUGAGCAAUGAGAUUAUGGCUGAAUCUGAGAAGAAUCUACAAACAGAAGCCACUCUGGAAAAGAAAAUGAAACUCAAGCAAGCACUUGAGAAUGUUUUCCAAAGAAGCUUCCCUGGGUGCUCUUUACAUCUGAGUGGAUCAUCUGUGAAUGGACUAGGUACUGAUGAAAGUGAUGCAGACUUUUGUCUCAUGCUCACACAAUGGGGUGAGAUUGACCAAAAACAGGAAGCAAGAAGAAUCCUGAUGAUGUUGAAUCGCAUUCUUCAAUCUUGUGAUUUUAUAAGAGAAAACCAAGUGAUCUUUGCCACAGUACCUAUUGUAAAGUUCGUUGAUGCUGUGAGCAAUUGCGAGUGUGAUAUCAACAUAAACAACCAUGUUGGAAUCAGGAACACGCAUCUACUGCGCGCCUACUGCCUGGUUGAUAGUAGGGUUAAGCCUUUGAUUAUGAUCGUGAAGAAAUGGGCGAAGAAACAUCAGAUAAACGAUGCUAAAGAUGGAACACUCUCCAGCUACGCCCUCAGUCUAAUGGUCAUCAACUACCUGCAGUGUGGAUGUGCGCCUCCUGUUCUUCCAUCUUUGCAAAAAAAGCACCAGGAUUUAUUCUCACAGCAUCGUGAUGUCACCAAACUGUUGGAGGAGGACACUGCAAGUGUUUUGCAGAAACGAAGGAGUUUCAUGCCCAGGAAUAACCAGAGUGUUGGGUCCCUUCUUGUUGGUUUCUUCCAGUACUAUGCCAACACUGUCAACUGGGACAAAGAAGUGCUGAGUGUGCAAGAGGGGGCACGUUGUCCACGAGAUUACAAGUGGAGAACCAAGAUGAUGUGUAUCAAUGAGCCAUUUGAUGGGAAUAACGUUGCUAAGACUGUCUACAUCAAAGCCAAGUUUAAAACUAUCAAAAUGAAGAUAAGCCUGGCAGCCCACACUUUGCUGGUCUCUCCUUCACUGAAGAGCAUACUGUAAAUACUGCACAAAUCAGGAAACCCAGUGUCUUUAGUCACAGCUUCUAAUGCUAAACAAAAAGAAACCAGAUGACAAAAGAGCUUGAAAUAGGGGAAGAAGGGAGCAGAGGGAUGGGAGGGUAUGGAAUGAGAGAUGUCUGAUCACAAAUAUGCUUGGCUUGGCAUGAUUUUCAUGCCUACUAACAGCAAUGCUCAGAUUUCAGGAAAUGGUGAAAAUAUAAGAACAGUUGGAAGGGGACAGGAUGGGGAGUUGUGGAAGGAGGUUGAGAGACAGCAUGAUCAGCAGAGUAAGACGGAGGCAGAGGGUGCAGCAUGAUGGGGAAGGGGAUAGUAAAGGGGGUGGGGGUGAGAGUAAGGCAAAUGAAAGUCAACAAAAAGAGGGUUCAAACAGAGGUUAAGGGUUGAUAAGGGAGGGGAUAUGAAGAGGUUUGGGAGGCUAAAGGGCAUGUGUAAGAGGAAGAGGGACGGGAAGGAGGUAAGGUAUGAUGGGGAGGGGUAUGGAAAAGGGGCAAGUUGUUAUUUGAAUGGGUACAGGUAGGAUGCGAGGUGUGAGGGGAAGGGGGUUGGGAAGGAGCUAAUGUGUGAGGAGAAGGGGUAUGGAAAAGGGCGGGAAAGGGGCAAGGUGUUAUUGGAAGGGGUAGGGCGCGAGGUGUGAGGGGAAGGCGGACGGGAAGGAGUAAAGGUGUGAGGGGAAGGGGGCAUAAGGGAGUCUGAAACAGGCAUUGUUAGAAGGGUAAGGGAAUGGCCAAGUGUGUAGUGUAGAAUGUAACAGGACAGAGGGUACUAAAGGGAAUUUGAGGAUAUGAGGAAUAGGAUGAAAUGCUGAAGAUGACAUGCGCAGAGAGUGGUAACAGGAGAAGAGGGGUGUGGCAGUUAGUGAGCUGAGGUUAGUUAGUGAGAAUGAGGUUAGUUCGUGAGGGUGAGGUUAGUGAGGAUGAGGUUAGUUAGUGAGGGUGAGGUUAGUGAGGAUGAGGUUAGUUAGUGAGGGUGAGGUUAGUGAGGUGAGGUUAGUUAGUGAGGAUGAGGUUAGUUGGAAACGUGUGAUAGCUGUCAAUUAUGGGUGAAGUGAAUAUAUAAAGGAAGACUUAAAUGCCAAAUGCAUAAUGCCAAUACCUCUUUACAAAUGUUAAAAACUGUUAUCGUUAAUGGCGUUGAUGUUCAAUGGCAAGGCACAGCGUCUACUACAGACACGAGAAUCUGGAAAAAUGUAUAGUAGGUAUAAUAAAUGUAUAGAGAGAGAAUGUUUGUAAUGAUAUAGAAUUCAAUAAUUAGCUUAACUAUAGAUCAUCAUAUAUUUAUUUAUAUAAAGGAGUUUAUUAAUAAAGAAUAUAAAUUUUUAAAA